GGCGCUUGUCACAGACCGUGAUUCCGACAUGGCAUCUCAACUUUCCCGUUAUGUGUUGAGAGGAGUGCGAUUUGGGCAAUAUUCGUGUUUAAUCAGAACAGUAGCCUCUCGGCCAACAGUAUUGUCAUCGCUGGACACACAUAGUAGAAGUCGCCGUGAUGUGUCGCCCACCAGUUUGCUGCUAAGAUCAGAUGUAUCGAGUCCACCACUUGUGGCACUAUAUUCCUCAACACCCAAACUCAACCGAGAACAAAUUCAAGAUCGGGUGAUGACUGUCUGCAAAAACUUUGAUAAAAUUAAAGGUGACCAGUUAACGAAAGACAGUCACUUUAUGAAUGAUCUUGGACUUGACAGUUUGGAUCAUGUUGAAGUUGUCAUGGCAAUAGAAGAUGAGUUCGGGUGUGAAAUCCCAGAUGCAGACGCAGAAAAACUACUGAAACCAUCUGAUAUUGUGCAGUAUAUAUGCGAGAAGGAAGAAGUGACGGCAUGAGGAAAAGAUCAUGGGUGUUUAUGAGAAUAAUUGCCCUGGAGAAGCUUCAUUUCUCACCGAUGUCACUGAAGAAUUGGAUUCUAGUUCAGCUGUGUGGCAGUAUGUGUAUCAAGCAAGCCCAUGUUAGCGUGUUAAAAUGGGAUUUUUUUUAACCUGUAUAGGCAGUUGUUUGGGAAAAUGCUAGCCAACUUAGAAAUGCGUAAACCUUAUUACACAAUUCACAUGUAGCAUAUAUGCACAAGGCAACAGUCAUCUUAUAUAUUGCAAUAUUGUCUGCAUUACUUACAUGUAGUAAUAAUGCAUGUCAAGAAAAGGUUUGCAGGCAGUGGGUCUCCAUUCUGUAUUUCUUGUUAGAAGCAAGGUUAUGAAUGUCUGUUGUGGAGCUGCAAACUAAGCAAGUGCAUUAAAUUCAUAAUAUCUAAGUCAAUGUACAAUUCGUUAAGCAAGAUGGAAAAUUGUGAAGUGUAUCAAAAAUACAGUGGUUGUAAAGGAAGAGUAAUGUUGCUUCAAAUUUCAUUAAUGACUAAAUAAUAAAUGGAGUUUUGUGUUGUAUACUUAUAUAAUC